AUGCGCUAUAUUACGCUUUCUGUUCUUUUUUUUUAUAGGUUCCCUUUGUAUUAUGAGCUGAAGAUUGCUUUUGUUAUAUGGUUAUUAUCCCCUUAUACUAGAGGGGCCAGCUUGUUGUAUAGGAAGUUUUUGCACCCUCUGCUUUCUUCAAAAGAAAGGGAAAUUGAUGAAUACAUCGUACAGGCCAAAGAAAAGGGCUAUGAAACCAUGGUGAACUUUGGCAAGCAAGGCUUGAAUCUAGCUGCUAAUGCUGCUGUGACUGCUGCUGUGAAGAGCCAGGGGGCCAUUACAGAACGCCUACGAAGCUUCAGUAUGCAUGAUCUAACCGCAAUACAAGGGGAUGAAACCGCAGAGGGCAGAUCCUAUCCGCCGCUGCAAGAAGCACAAAAGAAGUCAAAAACUAUGUCCAGUGAAGCCGCGGGAAUUGGCUCAUUAAGAAAAGAUUAUGGAGAUGACAAAACAGAUGAGGAAACAGAGGGGGCACAGUCAGAGGAUGAAACAUAUUCUCAGAAGGGACUUCGGAGGACACAGAGCAUGAGAUCCGUCAAGGUUGUCAAAGGCCGCAAGGAGGUAUGCAGUGCAUUUUGUUUUGAUAAAGUUAAAGUGCACCAAAUGUUAGAAAAGCCACUCCAAGCCAAGAUUUUCUCAGAUUAUUGGGGGCUUUCAGUGUGA